AUGGUGGCCUCCGCGUCAGGGGGCGCUCCCCCUGACCGGACUGAGACGGAGAUGGCGGCGGGUAGUCGGAGGCCUCCGUCAAUCACAUCGUCGCUGAACAAACUGACUGAGAAGGAAUCGCUGCAGCUGCACAAACGCGCCAAACCUUCAUCCGCGACCCAGCUGUUCGUCACGGACGCGAUGGCCGAGGAUUUCCCAGCGGGAGAGGGAGGAAAACCCUCCUACGUCAGCCUUGAACAGCAAGAAGAGUAUCAGUGA